UAGAGCGCGGGAAGUCCGGAACCCUCGGCACGGCGGCCGGAGUAUGAGCUUGGACCGCGAGCUUCGCCAGUUGAGCAAGGCCAAGGCUAAGGCCCAGAGGAGCGGGCAGCUGCGGGAGGAGGCAGCCGUCUGCCACCAGCUGGGGGAGCUCCUGGCUAGCCAUGGGUGUUACGCGGAGGCCCUGCGAGAGCACCAGCAGGAGCUGCAGCUCCUGGAGUCGGCCGACGACCCCCUGGGCUGCGCCGUGGCCCACCGCAAGAUCGGAGAGCGGCUGGCGGAGAUGGAGGACUACUCGGCUGCCCUGCAGCACCAGCACCGCUACCUGGAGCUUGCAUGUUCCCUGUCCAACCAUGUUGAGCAGCAGAGGGCCUGGGCUACCAUUGGCCGUACCCACUUGGACAUCUUUGACCACCACCAGUCACAGGAUGCCUUGCUGCAGGCACGGGGUGCCUUCGAGAAAAGCCUGGCUAUCGUAGAUGAGAAGCUGCAGGGCUCACUGGCCAAGAGAGAGCUGAGUGAGAUGAGGACCCGACUUUACCUCAACGUGGGCCUCACCUGUGACAGCCUGCAGCAGGCGACGCUAUGCCACGCCUACUUCACGAAGAGCAUCUUCCUUGCCGAGCAGAACCACCUGUACGAGGACCUGUUUCGUGCCCGCUACAACCUCGGUGCCAUCCACUGGCGGCGGGGGCAGCACUCUCAGGCCAUGCGCUGCCUGGAGGGGGCGCGGAAGUGCGCACGCACCCUGAAGCAGGGCUCCAUGGAGAGCGAGUGCUGCCUGCUCCUCUCGGAGGUCCUCCAAGACCUAGGGGAUUUUUUGGCCGCCAAGAGAGCCUUGAAGAAGGCCUAUCGGCUUGGUUCCCAGAAGCCUUUGCAGAAGGCAGUGGUCUGCCGGACUCUCAAGUAUGUGCUCGCGGUAGUCCGCCUGCAGCAGCAGCUGGAGGAGUCUGAGGAGAGUGACCCGCGGGGCGCCAUGGGCAUCUGCGAGCAGCUGGGUGACCUGUUCUCCAAGGCGGGCGACUUCCCUAAGGCUGCCGCGGCCUACCAGAAGCAGGUGCGUGCCCGGGCUGGGGCGGGGGUGAGGGCACCGGGGCUGUGGGCUGUGGGGUGUGGCGCAGCCCUGGCCUCGCUGUUGCCGCCUUCCCAGCUGCAGUUCGCGGAGCUGCUAAACAGGCCGGGGCCUGAGCUGGCCGUUAUCCACGUGUCCCUGGCUGCCACCCUGGGGGACAUGAAGGACCACCGCCAGGCCGUGCGCCACUAUGAAGAGGAGCUGAGGCUGCGGGACGGCAGCGCCCUGGAGGAGGCCAAGACCUGGUUGAACAUCGCGCUGUCCCGCGAGGACGCCGGGGAUGCCUACGAGGUGCUGGCGCCAUGCUUCCAGAAGGCUCUCAGCUGUGCGCAGCAAGCCCAGCAGCCACGGCUGCAGAGGCAGGUCUUACGGCACCUCCAUGCAGUGCAGCUGAGGCUGCAGCCUCAGGAGGCCCCUGGCACUGAAGCCAGGCUGCAGGAGCUGAGAGCAGCUGAAGACGAGGAGAACGAGGGGGGUGAGGACGACGAGGAGGACGAGGGGGACGAGGGGGAGGCCGCCACCCUGGAGGCCAUCGAGGUGGAGCUCUCAGAGAGCGAGGAUGAAGUUGACGGGUCCCAGCGGUUGGAGGAGGAGGAGCUUCAGGGCUGCCUGGGCCGGCGGAGGGUGAGCAAGUGGAACCGGCGCAACGAUGUCGGGGAGACCCUGCUGCACCGAGCCUGCAUUGAGGGCCAGCUGGGCCGUGUCCAGGACCUCGUGAGGCAGGGCCACCCCCUGAACCCUCGGGACUACUGUGGUUGGACACCCUUGCACGAGGCCUGCAACUAUGGGCAUCUGGACAUCGUCCGUUUCCUGCUGGACCACGGGGCCGCGGUGGAUGACCCGGGUGGCCAAGGCUGUGAGGGUAUCACUCCCCUGCAUGAUGCUCUCAACUGUGGCCACUUUGAGGUGGCCCAGCUGCUCAUCGAGCGAGGAGCAUCGGUCACUCUCCGUACCAGGAAGGGCCGCAGCCCGCUGGAGACGCUGCAGCAGUGGGUGAAGCUGUACUGCAAGGAUCUGGAUGGCGAGACGCGAGAGAAGGCUGCUGCCAUGGAGACGCUGCUCCAGGCGGCCUCUUCGGGCCAAGCUCCCCACAGCUCCCUGGCUCCCCUGACUGUCCCAAGUAACCAUCUUUUUGACCCUGAGACCUCUCCUCCCUCAAGUCCCAGCCCAGGACCCCCAGAAGCCUGUCAGGCCAGUGCCAGGGUCUCCCAGGGGCUGGCGGUGCCAGCCACGGCCAGGCUUUGGAGGAGCAGGCACAAGCUGGCCAGCGGUAGCAGCUCAGAUGGGGAGGACAACCCAGGCCCGCCCCGGCCACCCCAGAAGAGGCCCCGGAUGCCCAGCCCCGCCAGUGACGGGGAGGCAGCCACAGCGAGUGCCGGCUGGGCAGCCUACCGGGCGGCCAUCCGCAGUGUGGGCAGUGCCCAGAGCUGCCACCUGCGCCCUAGCCCCCCUCAAGGCCCCGGCGAGGCCCCCAGCCCCCGGGCGGCGCUCCUCCCUGAGGAGGAGUGCUUGGCCGGGGACUGGCUGGAAGAGGACUUGCCGCUGGCCCACGGUCAUGGGGGCAGCCACCCGCCCCGCCCCCAUAGCAGUGCGGAUGGCAGCAGACACAGUGCCUCGGGGUCAGGCAGUGAGGCAAGCGCCAUCAGGCCUCGGGCCCGGGCCAGGAAGAGCCGGCUGUCCUGUCUCAAGAGUUGGAGUGCACGGGUCAGAGCAGAUGGAGCCUGCAGCUCAGCCGCAGAGCCCCCGCGGAGCCCUGAUGUCCCCAGGGCCUUGGGGCCCAUUGGGGGAAACCCUUCAGCAGGCCAGCCCUUGGGUCAGGCCCUGCUCCCUCCCAUCCGAGUUCGAGUUCGUGUUCAGAAUAAUCUUUUCCUCAUCCCCGUCCCACACAGCAGGGAGACCCACUCCGUGGCCUGGCUGGCUGAGCAGGCCGCCCAGCGUUACUACCAGGCCUCUGGGCUGCUGCCUCGGCUCUCCCUACAAAAAGAGGGGGCCCUGCUGGCCCCACAGGACCCCAUCUCCGAUGUGCUGCAGAGCAAUGAGGAGGUGUUGGCUGAGGUGACUUCGUGGGACCUUCCCCCGCUGACGGACCGCUACCGCCGGGCCUGCCAGAGCCUGGAGCAAGGGGCGCACCAGCACGUGCUGCAGGCGAUGGAGCAGCAGGGCUCAGGCCCCGCGUUCAGUGCCUGCUCCCUGGCGCUGCGCCAGGCCCAGCUCACCCCGCUGCUGCGGGCCCUGAAGCUGCACUCAGCACUCCGGGAGCUCCGCCUAGCCGGGAACCGGCUGGGGGAUGGAUGUGUUGCCGAGCUGCUGGCUGCCUUGGACACCGUGCCCGGCCUGACCCUCCUCGACCUCUCCUCCAAUCACCUGGGCCCUGAAGGGCUGCGCCAGCUUGCUGUGGGUCUCCAGGGGCAGCCCGCCUUGCAGAACUUGGAAGAGCUGGACUUAAGCAUGAACCCCCUCGGGGAUGGCUGUGGCCAGGCCCUGGCCUCCAUCCUACGGGCCUGCCCCUUGCUCAGCACCCUGUACCUCCAGGCCUGUGGCUUUGGCCGCAGCUUCUUCCUGAACCACCAGGCGGCCCUGGGCAGCGCCUUCCAAGGCGCCAAGUGCCUGAAGACACUGUCCCUGUCCUACAACGGCCUGGGUGCCUCCGCCCUGGCCCAGGCCCUGCAGAGCCUGCCAGCCCGCACCCUCCUGCGCCUGGAGCUGAGCUCUGUGGCCGCCAGCAAGAGUGACCCAGGCCUCACGGAGCCCGUGGUCAGCUACCUGACCAAGGAAGGCUGCGCCCUGGAGCACCUGGGCCUGUCGGCAAACCACCUGGGCGACGAGGCCGUGAGAGAUCUGAGCAGAUGUCUGCCUCUCUGCCCCUCGCUGGUCUCGCUGGACCUGUCUGCCAACCCCAAGAUCAGCUGUGCCGGUCUGGAGGAGCUCUUGUCUGCCCUCCAAGGGCGGCCCCAAGGCCUCAGCUUCCUCGGCCUGUCAGGCUGUGCUGUCCAGGGCCCCCUGGGCCUGCGCCUCUGGGACAACUUAACAGUGCAGCUGCAGGAGCUGCAGCUGUGCAGCAGACGUCUCUCUGCUGAGGACCGGGAUGCCCUGCACCAGCUGCUGCCCAGCCAGCUGGGCCCCAAAGCAUGCACCCUGGAUCGGGGACCCAAGCUCUUCUUCAGGCACCUCUGACUGGCUGAGCCGUGCCCCGCCCUACCCACACGCCCAAGCCUCUAAUAAAGGAAGCCGCUGCUGCCGCCUCCCUCCUUGCUGUGGCCUUCAGAGGGGUUCACCUUGCUGUCAGAGCGCUCUGGAAUGAGGCCUCCCUGCCCAAUAAGCAGUGAGCCACAACCAGCAGAGAAAGGGUUUAUUCAUAGGCAGCCAAGUGAGGGGAUGGGAGGACAGAUCUCAGAUUGGCUUCCCCAAAGUAGGGGCGUGGGAUAUUUACGGGAUGAAGAAGCAGGUUGGGGGAAUUCCCUGGUAGUCCAGUGAUGAGCACUCCAACACUUUCACUGCCGACGGCCUGGGCCUGGUUCCAUGUUCGGUGAACUAAGAUCCUACAAGCUGCGUGGCCAAAAAGAAAAGAAGAAGGCAGGGUGAUCUUAAGCGUGGGGAGAGGAGAUUGGAGGUAGGAAAAAGGCGACGUAAUCUGUGUUCUGCAGAGGCGUGUCUGAAUUACCUGCUUCUUCAUGGGACCAUGUUAAAAAAUGGACAUGAGCUGAGGGUGGGGGUUUGGGCCCUCCGACGUCAAAAGGUCAUUCCCUGGACACCUGUGCAGGCCCAGUUUUAGGGUUGGUGGUCCUAACCAGUCUUAACUGGCUUGAGCUCAGACUGGACACAGGUGACUCCAAGUUCCUGGAAAACAGCUCAGAGCAAACAUCUUGUUUUUCAGGACGUGCACUUUUUUGUAUCAACAAUUAAGGUGAGCUUGACCAGUGAAGGCAGGUUACAAGCGGAAGGUUUUUUUUUUUAUUGAAGUACACUUAAUUUGCAAUGUGUUUCAGGUGUACAGCAAGGCAAUUCAGUUUAGCUCAGUUUUGUAUAUAUGU